GGUUGUGGAGCCGUCAUGGCGGCGCUGUGCCGGACCCGUGCCGUGACUGCCGACAGUCAUUUUCUGCGAGUGCUUCUCUUCUUUCGGCCCUGUCGAGACGCAGGCACUGAAAGUGGCUCCGGAAGCGAGAGUUCUGAUUCCACGGAGCCUAGGCCGCGCCUAGGCGGCUUCGCGAGCUCUUUGAAGCGGCACUCAGAGCUGCAGCGGAAGGCGGAGCUCGGGCGGCUGAGAGGCUCUCCAAAAGAUGUGGAAUCCUUCGCGUCUAUGCUGAGACAUUCUCCUCUUACACAGAUGGGACCUGCCAAGGAUAAACUAGUCAUUGGACGAAUCUUUCAUAUUGUGGAGAAUGAUCUUUAUAUAGAUUUUGGUGGCAAGUUUCCUUGUGUAUGUAAAAGACCGGAAGUGGAUGGCGAGAAAUACCAGAAAGGAACCAGAGUCCGGCUGCGACUAUUAGAUCUUGAACUUACAUCUAGGUUCUUGGGAGCCACAACAGAUACAACUAUCCUAGAGGCUGAAGCAAUUCUGUUAGGACUCCAGGAGAGUAAAGACUCAAAAUCAAAAGAAGAACAUCGUGAAAAAUAAAUGAACUUUGCUUAGCGUAUUCACUCCUUUUUUGUUGAACCCAGGUAUUCAUCACGAAUGCCAUUAGACAAUUAUGAAUAAAUGAUUGGAGAAGACAUAGUAAAUGCAAGCUAUAAUUAUAGCUCUUAUUUGUCAGAAUUUUCUUUAGGUGUAGCUCUCCUCCUCCUGUUUUUAUACCCAUUCUUUCCUUUGAUUGGAAUAGUGUAAACUGUACUGAGAAACUCUGUCAUUCAAUAAAUAUGUUUUGAGUGCACUCUGUGCAUGGCACUGUUCUAAAUACUAAAGAAACUGCAGUAAACAAGUUAGAUAAAAUUGCUUGCCUAGUGUAGCUUACCUCUGGCUGGGGGAAAUUGAUACAAAUAAGUAAAAUAUUUAUAUAUAGUAUGUUAGGGAUGUGUGCUGAGGACAGAAAUAGAGCGGGAAGGGCAGAGGAUCUGAAUAGACAUUUUUCCAAAGAAGACAUACAGAUGGCCAAGAGGUACAUGAAAAGGUGCUCAAAGUCAGGGAAACGUGUCAAAACCACGAGAUACCACCUCACACCUGUUGGAAUGGCUGUCAUGAAAAGGCAAGAAAUAGCAAGUGUUGGCGAGGAUGUGGAGUUUUAAAAGGGAACCCUUGUGCACUGUUUGUAGGAAUGUCAGUUGAUGCAGCCACUAUGGCAAACAGUAUGGGGGUUCCUCAAACAGUUAGAAUUAUCACAUGAUCCAGCAAUUCCACUUGUGGGUAUUUCCAAAGAAAAUGAAAAUAUUAACUCAAAAAUAUAUGCACCCCCAUGUUCAUUGCAGCAUUAUUUACAAUAGCCAAGGUAUGGAAGCAACCUAAGUGUCCAUCAA